AUACUGCUGUUCUUCCUCUCGAGACAAACCGACUGCGCCUCUAGUAAUCCCACAAGAAUAAAACCAAAGGGGUUUCAUAUAUAAGUCUCAUGCAUCUUCUCAUCUUUAACUCAUAAAAAAUCUUCCCUUUUCUCUAUACUUCUCCUCUCAAACAAAUAUAUCUUAAGUUAGCCAAAUAUUACUUAAAAAUGCGGAUGAGUUGCAAUGGUUGUAGAGUUCUUCGAAAGGGCUGCAGCGAAAGUUGUAGUAUACGGCCAUGUCUUCAAUGGAUCAAGACUCCUGAGUCUCAAUCGAACGCUACUGUUUUCCUCGCAAAGUUUUACGGCCGUGCUGGCCUUAUGAAUCUUAUUAACGCCGGCCCUGAUCAUCUCCGUCCUGCUAUAUUUAGGUCAUUGCUAUACGAGGCUUGUGGCAGAAUAGUGAACCCAAUAUAUGGAUCCGUGGGGUUAUUAUGGUCUGGAAAUUGGCAGCUUUGUCAAAAUGCUGUGGAAGCAGUACUCAAAGGAGCUCCAAUUACUCCUAUAGCUUCUGAUGUUGCUGUAAACAACAACGGUCCUCCUUUGAAAUUGCCUUACGACAUUAGGCAUAUCAACAAAGAUGACAACGCUAUCAAGUCAAAUGUUCUUCACCGGGUCAGGACCCGAUGUCGAUUCAAGCGCUCAGCGUCUAAAACAAAAGCUAACCCAGUUUAUUCCGGGUCGGGUGAUGAAUCCGCCCAUGAAAAAGUUAACGGGUCUACGAGCCAUGACUCUUCAUUGAGUCACCAAUCUGAAGCUGCGGCAAUGGCGGCUCCCAAUGUGGAAUGCGAAAGCAGGGAGAUUGAGAGUUUGCAGUCCGCAGAGAUGGCUGAAGCUGAAGAUUCAGCUGCAGUUGAACCUGCUUCCGUAUCUCAAGUUGACGACCGAGCUGAAGACGGCGAAAUCGAACUGGAACUGACUUUAGGCUUUGCGCCUUUUGCAACGUCUCACGAUAAGCCGAAGGCUACGAAACGGAGUGAAGCUGUUCAUUUGCUAGACGCCGCCGGAGAAUGUAAAAUGGAGCUGGGCCUUACUUUCCGUUGUGAUCAAUUUUUUGAUCAGUAGAUUUUCUUUUUAGGCCACUUUUACCUGUGUUUCUUUUUUGUCCCUUUUGGUUUACCUUUUUGUUCUCUAGCAGAGUAUAUGUACAAAUGCGACUAUAUAUACUUGAAAAGAAAAAAUUAUUUCUUGGAAGCCAAAA